CGUUUGCCUCUUCAAGGCCACGAUGUCCCGGCACGAGGAUCGCCCCAAGCACCGCCGUCUGCUCCUGCUCUCCGGGCUCCCUCGGUUCUCUCUGGGUCGUGAGGGCCCGGGUCGAGCCCGCGGGGCACCUCUGGGUGAUAUCCUCACGCCCCGCGAGCGGGCGCUGCUCCGUGCCCCCGCUGCCAGCCGACCAACGGAGCGGGGAGAGCCCAGCCCACCGCGGGGGGACCCACGGGCACCGGAGCUGCUGGAGGCUCAUCAGCACCACGUGGCUGAAAUCCGGGCCAGGACCCAACAGCUAGAGCAGCACAGAGAGCAGCUGUGCCAGCACCUGGCAUUGCUGUGCAACAGGCGUCUGUCACCAGAAAUGAGUUGGGCUGCAGAGGUGAUGUCAGACAAAGCUGGACGCCAGCACCGAGGGGCUGCCCUCCACCUCGACGCCCUCCUGCCGCCCUCUGGGCCGCUGGCUGCUGAGGCCAGGGCUCUGCUGCUCUCCUACCUGCGUGCUGGUGGCCGUGACGAGGCCACCCUGGAACAGCUGUUAGACCUCCAGCUGGAGGCCAUGGCACUGGAGAAGAAGGCUGCACAGAAGAUGAGUAAGUACCAGCCCCAGCACAGAGCCCAGGGACAGGAUACCAAUGCUGUUGAGGCGGCACAGGGCCUCAAUGCGACGCUGAUGGCUGUGGAGCUGGAGAACCAGCGGCUCGAGGAUGAGCUCCUGGCAUUGAAGGUCCGGAGGGAGAUGCGAGCUGAUGUCGGAUCGCAGGCAGCCCGGCAGAAUGCAGAGCUGGCUCAGCUGCAGGCAAAGGUGGAGCUGCUGCUGCGACGCCAGGCGGAGGGGAUGGGGCCGCGCCUGCCCCCUGCCGUCCUCCCACCGCCCGUGGCCCCUCCGCUCCCUCCAGCCUCAGCUCUGGCGGUGUCUGGUCCUAGUGCCGCAGGGGAGCCACUGAGGACAGGCAGCCCCACCACAGCCUCCAGCUACCCACUUGUGCCCUCUAGCCUCCCCAGCAUCUUCUUUGGAGCCCUGCAUGAUCCCCCUCCUACUCAGGAGGCACCAGCUCAGCACAGAAGCCCUGAGAGACACUUCUCAAAGUACAUUUAGGAAAAGCUUAACAGGAGGCAUUCAAGGCUCAAACCAGGGAGCAGCAAAACCCAUGGCAAGAUUUCCUCUAUCAUCCUGGCGCUCAUGUGGUGGGUGUGUGAAAUAAAUGGCUUCUACCUACAGCUCUUCACCUCCUGGCCUUUUUCAGUGUACAAACUAUGAAGUUCAUUGUUUGCAGUCAUAUCCCAAAGAACAGAAAU